AUGUCCACUCGCCAUACCGGCUGGCGAGUAGCAGUGAUGAUAAUGACUAGCUUGGCGAUGUGGUCACCGUGGACAUUGCCUACAUUGGAAUUGAUGUGCCAUGACUGGACAUCAUUGCAUAGCCGGCGAGACCUAGGUGGUGGUGGUAGCGGGCCCUAUUCAACACUCAUUAUAAUCUGCUGCCGUGGGGACAACACUGACCUCAACAGUCUGUAUCAGGAACAACUUACCUAUCACUAUGCUAUAGGCUUGUGCCUCAAUGGCGACGGGGCCGCUGGUGUUGGCCGGUGGGGAGGCCUGGGGGAGGAGGAGGAGGUGGUGUUGGCGGCGGGGGGAGCAGUACUGUUGGAGGCGGCUGCUGAGCACACAAUGUCAGCACUUUGUUCGCUCAUCCCGGAGAAUUGUUCGGGAUAUAGACGCACCCUCAUUGGCGGCAGUUUCGGAAUCACAGCGACAGAGCACAGCAACACGAAAAAAAAUAAAGUGAGAGCGAAGGAGAACUCUUGA